CCACACCUAGAUCCUGUACCGUAAAUAAAUAAACAAAUAAAUAAAUAUUUUUUUCCUUUUAUUUUUUUUAAACCCUCCUAUUCGAGGUGCGCUCGUUUGCGUGUCGGCGCGUCCCGGCGGUGUAACCGGAGAGAGGGGCCUCCUCGCUGAGAGGGAAUGCAGGACUGCAAUGGAGCACAAUGCAAUACAGUGGCUCGGUGCUCCCUCCUGCCAGCGAGGCAGCUACGCCUUCUACAAGUCGGUGAGCAGCAGAACCCAGCCGGACGGCCCRGUCCAGGUCUGGAAGCUGGGCGAGUUUUACUUCGUCCGAUGCGGACCGGAGAGCCCCGUCUGCAUCGCUGAGGUGACCUUACUAUGGGAGGAUCAGACACGGCGCCACCUGCUGGCCAGCGCCAGGCUCUACUUCCUGCCCGAGGACACGCCGAAGGGCCGGACCAGAGAGCACGGAGAGGAUGAGGUCGUGGCCGUGUCCAGGAAGAUGGUGGUCCGGGUGGAGGACCUGGUGCAGUGGUCCUGUUCAGAGUCGGCAGGUUGGAGCAGAAACCCGAAGUCGCCACCCGAUGAGACCAACGGCGUCCACAGUCCUCCGCCGAGCAGCAACGCCACCGAAGACCCACAGGAGGAGAAGCAGCUCCUGGAAGUCAAAACUGAGGACGAGGCGCUGCAGCAGCCAGGAGUCAAAGUCCUCAGCUACCCUCAGUAUUGUCGCUACCGCUCGCUGCAGAGACGCAUCCAGGACGGAGCCAGGGGCCCCGAGCUGCAGGACCCCCACCUGCUGGCUCUGGGGGGUAUCAAGGUUCUGCCCGGCGCCCGGGUCAUGUACUGCAGGGACACCUUCAACCACCCGACCCUGGAGAGCAGUGCCUGCUUCUCCUGGCAGUUCAGAUGUCCAUCUCUCAGUCUGCGAGGACGACCUCGUAAGAGGAGGAGCCGCGACAGCAGAGACUCUCCGACCUCCAGCCAGUCGGAGUCGUGGAUCGACAGGAUGAAGGAGAACGUGAUGGGCAGCGUGGAGGUGGGCUGUGAGGGCAGCUGGCUCCCUCACCCCGAGGAGCAGCUCUUCCUGGAUCAGCUCUACAUCUUCAUGGAGCACCACGGGUCGCCCAUCCACAAAGUCCCCAACCUGGGCUUCAAGAAGAUUGACCUCUUCCUCAUGUUCUCUGUGGUCAAACGGCUCGGAGGAUACAAAAAGGUGACGAUGGAGCGUCUGUGGAAAGUGGUUUAUAACGAGCUGGGAGGAUGUCCAGGAAGCACCAGUGCUGCCACCUGCACCAGGAGACACUAUGAGAGGUUGUUGCUGCCGUACGAAGACCACCUCAGAGCCGGAGGAGCAGACUUCAAGGUCCCGGAGUCCCCCAUCUCGCCAAAACCCAGAGCGAUACGAGGACGAAAACCUCUUCACAGAGGCAGGAAACCAGGUCCAAAACCCAAGGAGAAGAAGGUCCUGCCUGCAGCGCCUCCUCCUCCACCUCCUCCUCCUCUUCCCCCUCCUCCUCCAACUGCUGUUGCGGACGGUUCUGGCCUGGUCGUGGACGGUUCUGGCCCGGUCGUGGACGGUUCUGGCCCGGUCGUGGACGGUUCUAGCCGAACUGUUGCGGACGGUUCUGGCCCGGUCGUGGACGGUUCUGGCCCGGUCGUGGACGGUUCUAGCCCGGUCGUGGACGGUUCUGGCCCGGUCGUGAACCCAAACGGCCCCGCGGUGGUGAAACGGGGCAGAGGACGGCCGCCGGGCACUCGGAACAAGUCCACCCUGAUGGCUCAGGCCAAGCUGGGGGCUCAGCGGCAGGCUAAAGCUAACGUAGCGCUGAUGGAGCCGCAGCUGCUCGCUCCACUUCCUGUUAAAGGCCGAGGAGGAGCGACGAGCAGCAGCACCACGCACCGGCUCAUCCAGCCGGCCCUCCUGCCGUUAAACCUGCCCCUCAGCCCAGACCUGUCCCCCCUGUCGCCCCCCCUCUUCUCCUUCCAGACCAAAGCCAAGGAGCUGAAGCUGAGCCGAGGGGACUCGGUGGCUCCGCCCCCCGCCGUCCUCGUUUCCGCUCUGCCUCGCUUCGUCGGGGGUCCGCUGGGCGGUUUCAGCCCCACCAAAGGCGUUUGUCCCCUGGACGUCAUCAGGAGCCGCAUCAGCCUUCAGCGGGCCCCCGACAGCCCCGCCCUGACCCCCCAAGACCCCACACAGCACCGGCCCACCAUCUACACCCUGCAGCCCAAGAGCGGCAGCCCAGACCCUCCUCAUCCCAGCGUGGACCAGCUCCACCAGAACCACUGCUCGGGCUGCACCAUGGAGGACGGGGGGCAGAGGGGGGCCGGCCGAGACCCCCGAAGCCGACCUCCCCUGCCCCCGCUCCGGGUCCUGCCCCUGAACCUGGACUGUGACGUCCAGGUGAGGCAGCUGAUGAGGACCCGGCACCAUGACCCGUCCCAGCUGCAGACCUUCACCCGCCGGCUCUCCGAGGCCCUGUCCCAGAACCUGACCCUGAAACCCACCUGCUCCCCCAUCACCCCUCCCCCCGAGCAGGCCCUGCCCCUCAACCUCAGCAAACGCUUCGCGCCCAAAAGAACCAGCGCCGAGGGACCCGAGCUGAGCUGGCAGGCCGUCAACGGGACCGCGGACCCGCCGGGGGCCAAGAACUCCAGACCCAGCUUCCAGGAUCAGGCGCAGGAUUUCAGCCUGGGGGCCCGGUCCAGCUCCGGAGUCCGAGCCGGAGGCCCAAACGUGGAUCUGAGGAGCCAGGAGGAACCGGCAGACCUGAGCUCCCCCAGCAGGAUCCGGGCCUUCCUGCUGGGUCUGCCGCCCUUCCAGGUGAAACUGGAGGAGGACCUGAACGGGACCAGGUUCACUAAGUUUCCCCCUCCACCCGAGUCCGAAACCCAGAGGACCGAGACCAAGGAGGGAGGAGUCAGCGUGAAGGUGGAGGCGGAGCAAAGCGUCAGUAAACUACAGAACCUGGAGGAGAGAGAUCCGGCUCCCUGUUCUGGUCCUGUGGGUCUGCCAGGAGCCGGACCCUCUAACUCWGACACACACUGUUUUUAGCCCCGCCUCCCAGGAUCUGGACCAGCAGGGUCCAUCUUGUUCAAGGAGGAACGUUGGACCGCUCCUGAACUCCUGACAAUCACUGAUCCUGUCCUCUCUGUUAGACGGAAACAAAGCAGCAGGUUGUAACCAUGACUCAGCAGUUUGUAACAAACAUUGCCAGGACUCCACAACACUAUCAGCUUCAGUAUUCAGCUGAAACACUGAAGACUCGCGUCAGAAUGAACAGCUCACGUCUAUGGGUGAUGCUAUGCAUCCAGACUUCAUUAAAUAGCAUCCAGUGUACUGUAGUCUGCUAGUUUCAUUUGGAAAUUGUACUCUACUUCUGAAGAGCUAUAGUUAUUUUCUGAUAAAGUGUUUAAAUGUAAUGUAGGGCUCUAAAUGGAAAGCUCAGACUUCACCUUACUAGCUUGUUAAGUGAAGCGUUUCUAUAGUCCUGCUCGUUAGCUCACACCACGUGCCUUAAAGGGCCCGCGAUCUGCCUCAUCGCUGGCUUCAGAUACAUCCGCUUAAAGGGAUACCUCCAUGUUUUUAUCGUCCCCUCACAUUAACCGAACCACCGGUUAGGCCCUGCCCUCCUCCUGUCAGUCUUUCUUCAUCACCACUCUUCAUAUCUCACAUGUAGCUCAACUACCUCAGGUUCUUUUUGCCCUCCCACAGCUAACUAACCUGCGUUUUUAUAGAAUUAUUGCCCCAAAUGAUCCAGAUAACUUUCUGUAGCGCCCUCUCCUGGCCAGCUGCAGUGCAAGUGAUAAGUCCCGCCCCUUUUAUAUUUCUAGAUUCAGAUUUAAAUUUUCUGUUUUUACAUAUUGUUCAAAUGGACAUUUUAAACAUGUUUAUCCACAUAGCUAAGGCUUUAGGAGAAAUGUUCACUGUGAUUGACAGUGUGAACGAGGUGGGAGGGGUGAGUAGGCGGGACUUCCUCAUCUGGCUCCGAAAUACAGCACUCAUUAACGUUUCAUCAAUCUUAAUCAUAUUAAUGGGAGAUCUAAUCCUGACUUUUGGUUAUACUAUUGAUCAUUAUCCUCAAAUGUUUUAUUUUUGUGUCUGCUUUAUCAUUCACGGUUUAUUUCUAUGAAAUCUAAACAAAGACUUGUGAGUUAAAGUACAAAAUACACGUUAUAAGUGCCAAUUCUAACAUGACAAAAAAAUUAAUGAUUAUUUAUCUGGUGUCACCUUAUAGAGCAAACAAACCACUGUUUUAUUCUAAGCUACCAUGAAUUACUCCCAUUCUUUAGUCUUUGAAAACUUUUUAUAACUUGUUCAGACUCUAAUUUAUCUGCCAGGACUGGUUAAAACCACGGCUCAGAUGUAGGGGAACUCCUCCACCGUUAAGUCAUUUCAGUCAAAACCUUCAAGCAAUUAAAGAUGAUUAAAAAUAACAAUAUUGACGUUAAAUUUCCUAACUACACUGAAGAAUUGUGACAGCCCUGAAUAGAUUCAGUCCCAACGUCUGAUGGUAAAAAGUGAUUUGCAUCAAUUUAAAUAUUAAAGCUUUGUUUACGGUUUAACAUAAUGAAAAUAAUUAAAUGUACAGCGUUCACUCCCACCAAAGAAAGUCUGAAGAAUGUUUUAAUAAUUUUAAGCCCUGUCUUCACUACUUUGGAUAUUUUUAUUAUUUUUUCACCCCUUAGAUGGAGGUCUUUAUUGUGAUAAAAUGUUUAUAAUCUAUUUUACAUUAACACUCGUUUUUAUAUUUCCAUGUCUAAUCGUGAGUGCAAAACACAUCCUUUGUUUUAUCCUCUCAAUGUUUACAUGUUUGUAAAAGAAAAUAAAUGUCAAAAUAUUUUAUUAAUUACAAGCUGCCAACCAACAAUUAGCAUACAUGCUAACUUAACCUUGAAAAGGCCAUAGAAAAGCUAGCACUAAUUAGCAUAAUCUUUAUAACAUAACAUUUAUACACAAAUCAAACAUUUUAAAUUCAUAACUUUACGAGACAGAUCUUCAGGUUUCAGUGAAGUAAAGAAGAGGGUAAAUAUAGAAAUACCAGACAACCGACACCGAGCAACAACCAUUCACAGAUUCACAAAAUCUAAUUUAAAACUGAUCAUGUAGCAGCUAAUGGUCACUUUGUGCUCUAGAAACCAAAAAAAUAAAACAAUGAAGGCGUGUUUAUGUUAAUUUUUUUUACUUCUGACUCAUUUUAUCCUGAAUCGUUCACCACGCAACUCAGAUUAGCACAUUUAAGAAAAGGUUAAACAUGAUUUUAAAAGGAGUAUAAUAAAAGCUAUAGCUGUUACGGAAGCAUUUUUCAGCCAAAAUGAUCUGUUUUGAGAUUUUGUUAUUGUGGACUUUUUCGCCACCUAGUGGUGUGAAAUGAGUAUUUCAGUCUUUUUGUUAAAAGCGUGUUAAAGAUUGUAUAAAAAUAUCCGGAGCAGGGUUUAGUGCCAUCACUCCCUGUAAAACAACGAGGUAUCCCUUUAAAUCAGCCUUUCCCGUUUGCUUUUGUGCCACAGAUGUUUCAGAUUUGCACACCUACUGUACCGUUAUGCUUUUUCAUAUUUAAAACAACCUUGUUUAUAUUUCCAAUUUGUCGAUAUAUUUUAUUUUACCCGAACGUUGAAACUAAUACACAAAGGUGCUGUUUAUUUUUCCAAUAUGUAGCUUAUGGCCAUAUUAUCUUUAUUUUUCUUUUCUUUUCUUACUUUUUGGCUCGAUUUAAAGCUAAAAAACAUGUCAUUAAAUAUUUUAACGGUGACAAAAGCUGAAGAGUUGUUUAGAGAGAGAAUAUUUUAAGGACUGACCAGAAGCUGGGUUUAUUUUCUGAUUUAUUUGACUGUUUGGUUUAAUGUAACAGAUUAUUUGUGAGUGAGAGCAUGAGUUCUGAGCAGAUGCACCAAAGUGCUUCACUAGACUCCAUGGGAUUUCACAUUUUUGUUUUAUUUGUCUUUGAUUUUUUUUUUAAUUUAUCCUCAACAACAAAACCUACAGAGUGAUGUUUUCAUGAUGCAGUAAUAAUUUUCACAGCAGAGGAUCUACUGUAACCGUUUUGGCUCUGCUUCAUCUCAAACCUGUAUUUAUUGUUGGGGAGGAGGAAACGGUAAAGCUGUAACUUUAGAGGAGCAAAUUUGUACACCUUUUAAACGCUUUUCACUUUGAAGUGAACAAAACGGUUGUGAGAAAAUUUUAAAAAUCGUAAAACUGCAGCAAAACAAAGUACGUUCAGAUUUUGAAAGGAAAACCUUUUAGUUUAGUUGUUGGGAUGUUUAUUAGCAUGAUAUUCUAACGGAAGUAAGCUACAUAAGGACACAGUUCUCUCAUUUGAAAUUAAAAAGAUAAAUUAUGAAUAAAUAAACAUUUCCCUUCAUGAUGCAGUUGAUGAUGCAGGUAGCAUUGUGCUAAUCUUUGUUAGCCAGAUAUGCUAAUAAUAAAUAUUCUGAUUACGGUAGGAUAUAAUCCACGUAAACUCACAGUUGACUACUUUUUUAAUUUAAAAAAAGGUUAAUUUCUCACUAUUAUGUUGUCGGCCAAUAAACUCUUAGUUUUGUUUCUAGCUCAGUGAAAAUUAGCGGUGGUACUGACCCGAUUAGCCCGUUAGUCCCAUUUUUACGGUUCUUUGUUUUCUUUUAUUUUAUAAACACAACUGUCAAAGUACAAGAACAAGAGCUGACUUGUCUGAAAUGUAGAUAUUUUUAAUUUUAUGCUAUUAAAAAGGCAAAAUGUUGAGUCUAGUUUUAACAAUAUAAUUGUUGAGAUUGGAACACCAAGAUAACUCACAAAUAUAAGAUUUAUGUUAAUUCUGUUAGCUCGACAUGCUAACACUGAGUUUAGAUUUUCUGAAAACCAACAAGCUUUUCCUUCAUUUGCCAAAUUUGUUGAAGUUUCAGAGUUAAAGUACAAAAAAACAUUGGCUUUGGUUUGAUUUAAUCAUCCACACUCUAUUUCGUUGUUAAACUUUAACUUUGCUUCAGACGUGCUGCCACUCCAGAUUAUUAAUUUGUUUGUUUUGUAGCAACUAGGUUUGCUGAAAAGCAUAUUUUAAAUAGAUGUACUUUUAUGUUUGAUCAGAUUUGGUUAAAUGAAAUGUACAUUUUGUAAAAGAAAACUCCAGUUAUCUUCAGAUAUUUUAGUGACCGUUGAACAGUGUUUGCAGCCAAAGGCUGCUGUUCGAGCUGACGCUUAAAGUGAAAUAUUUUGAAUUAUUCAUCCUAAGCUUUGUUGGUUCAAGCUGAAGUUUAAAAGUACAAACCAGUUCCUCUGAAGGCUCUGAGCCUGGACCCUCCCAGUCCCCCCACAGCUCCACUGGACCAGUUUUCUCUCUCUGCUUCGCUUCUCGUUUGAUUUGUUCUGUUUGACGACGAAACGCCACUGAGUCAUUUGAAGACGAGCUGUUUUCUGUUUAUACUCUGUAAACCAGUAUAACUUUUUGUUUUCCUUUUUGUUUGGGUAUUUAAGCUUAGUUUGUAAAAGUGUCUUUAGGUAUUUUUCUUUAUGUUUACAUUUUGCUCUGCAUGUUUAACAGAUCUCCUGUAUUCAGUGUUUUUGCACACUACUCCAGCUUCAGUCUUGAACGGCACGACUCAUUUAUGAACAGAACUUUUUAAGUGCCUGAUUCAGUUGGAGUUGUUUGAAUUCAGCCUUCAUGCCAUUGACUUGAACAGCGGCUCCCGCUGUCGUUAACGUUUUGUUGAAUUUUGCGGCUGUUUGUUUCGGGCGGGGGGUGGGGGUGGGGGGGAGUUUGAGGCGGAAGGACCAGCAGCAGCAAAACGUUUUGCUCAGCUCCGCCUGUCGGAGCGAACUGGACCUACAGGACUCGAUAAAAGGGAACCGUAUGUUCGGUUGGACAUUUAUAAUGAGAACUGAUCAAAAUAAAGGUGCCACAUGUGACAUUUUAAA